UUCAGUUUUUUUCACACAUCCGCUUAGAUUCAUAGUUAAGUGAAUCUUACAGCAUAUGAACUCAACAACCACAGAAUGAGGACGGCGCAGCUUUUACUCUACUUUCUGCUGGUGUGUCAAACUACAGCGAGUUUAAUAGAUAAACGGGUGAAUUUAGGGGAAAAUGUGACUUUAGACUGUCAGACUGAUGUAAAAGAGAUUUAUUGGUUUUUCCAGAAACGGACAGAUUCUCCAUUGCUGAUAUUGAGGACUUUCACAUCACAUCAUGCAUCUUCUCAAUUCAAUGAAGAAAGAUUCAAAGUCAAAUAUUCAUCACUAACUUUGAGCCGGUUAUUUAUUAGUAACAUAACUAUUGAUGAAUUAGGAAUAUAUUAUUGUAUAAAAUCAGGCUCACCUCUACAGCUCAGCAAUGGCACCAGACUUUACAUCUCUGAAAAUAUCCAAGAUGACAAUCAAACAGAAAACAAAAAUCGGCCACAGUGUGAGAAAACACCUACGAUUGACGAUCUUCCGACGGUUACAUCCUUCAUUUUGAACUUUGUGCUGAUUAUCACAAUAAUAGGUCUGUUAACACUUAAACUUAAGAAGCCCACAAAAAGUCGACAACAUCGUCAGAAUGUCGAACCAGUGCAGCUCGAGGACUUUAACGCCGCACAGUAUUCUGAAAUCGAGUUGCCAACAUAUUCCAGAGAAGGAAAACCCAAACAGAUCAACGGCACUUACGCACUUCUCCAGAUGCCAAAGCGACAUAGAGUUAAACACAACUUGAACCUACAAAGUUGUUAAGGUGGUUUGACACCUCGGUUAAUUUGUAGGAUGUGUAAAGGACAAUGAGUUUCCGUCACCGUUUGCAUUAAAUCACAUUAUUUACUUAUUUUUAAAAUACAUAUUUUGUUGGAUGUUGCGAAGUAAUCUUAGACGGUUUAACAGAACAAUCUUGACUGAUGUGGUUUCAGUUUACUAUAAGGUUUGAUGCGUUAACAUGAAAAAAACAAUGAAAGAUACUUGUAUUAAUCCUGCUAAAAGCGAUCAGCUGACUUAACUUGUUGCGUUAAAAUAAUUAAGUUGACGAUUGUCCACAUAACUUAAUUUUUUCAAUUACGCAUGGUCAUGUAAUUCUAAGGCAACGGGUUUCCUCACUUUUUUAAGUUAAGUCAACUAAUCACUUUUUACAGUGUAAUGUUAGCGUAAAUACAUUUUUAACAUUUGACAUUGUAUGAAUUGACAUCAACAAUGGUACAUUUAAACAUUAAAUACUACUAUAUAAAAUAACAACCUAAACUAUUAAAUUGUUAAAAUUGUUUGUUAGUUCAUGACACUUAAUGUAUUAAUUAAUGUUAACAACUUGACAUUAGUUUUACCAAUAAGUUUUCUAUAAGAAAAGUUUUUAAAUGACUGUUAUUGUGUAUAUUUUAUGUGUUUUGAAUAAAACAGUGUUGGUUUAAGAUUAUGUCAUUGUUGCCAUUGGUCUCGAAACCUGAUCAG